CCUCGUCUUCCCGACUUCCUCCGUCGAGCUAGGGCAAAUAGAUUCACAGCUAACUCCCACGUCUUCAAGCUCCUCCGUUCACAUCUGCGUGGCCAAAUUAACGUGAUUGCACUUCACUUUUAUCAAGUUAUAAUCGGAAGAAUUACCAUUUUCCUCUAGCCGCAAGAUGAUUGAUUUGUUUUUGUCGGAGCCGAGCUGGGAUGAAGAUAUGGAUAGCGGUGACUCAAUGAAACUGAGAAUAUCCCUUUUGAGUGAGUUGGAAUCUACAAUUCGAUCAUUGAUCAUGUCAGGAAGUCGAUCAGAAGCUCGACUAUGGCUUUGUAACACCAUCGCAGGAAUGACUUCCAUCACUUCUCGCCAUCAGUGUGAGUUAUUUCUGAAUUUACUGAGGUCACAGAAGCAGGGUUUUGCUUCUCAACUUUUGCAUAUGAUGUUUGAGAAGAAACCACAGAUAGUUGGAUCCAUUUUAGCGAAGAGAAGUCACAUACUUGAAAAGUUUUUUGAAGGUAAUCCAAAGCGUGUGUUGCAGUGGUUUGUCAAUUAUUCUUCUUGCAGCGGACUGGAGCUGGGAAAAGGUGCAAAGGCGUUGUCUCAAUUUGCAUUCAUAAAUAGAGAUAUUUGUUGGGAGGAGUUGGAGUGGAAAGGAAAACAUGGGCAGUCACCAGCAGUAGUUGCUACAAAGCCUCACUAUUUCCUUGAUUUGGACAUUCAGCAAACUGUAGAAAAUUUUCUGGAGAAUGUUCCUGAGUUCUGGUCAUCCAAUGAAUUUUCUGAGUCAGUCAAAGAUGGUGAUAUUUUUUUCAUUGACAGGCAAUUUUUUGUGCAGUAUUUUAUUGAUUUAAUGUAUAAAGAGGAUGGAAGGGAUAUAUGGGAAGUUAUAAAUAAAUUCCUCAUAGAGCAGCCGUUUUCUGCUUUGUGCCACCACCUUCUUAUAACUCUUGAAGAGCAGGAUUUAUUCAACUUUUUGAAACUGCUUCGUGGGUUUCUCAACCCUAUAAUGGAAUCUAAACAUUUCAAUGGCAUCUCUAGUCUGUUUGAGAUUGUACUUGUAAAGUGUGAAGUUCCUGAAUCUAUUGACCAGAUACUACUGUUAAAUGCUAUCAUUACCCAGGGACGGCAGCUUCUUCGACUUUUGCGUGAUGAAGAUGCCCAAAAUUCACGGGAAAGAAUCAAAGAAAUUGUCUCAAAUAUAUCUGCAAUACCAAGCAACUCCAAUAGUUUGAUUCCAUUCUUUAAGAAUGUUUGUAAGAUGCCAACUUCAGAAGUGAUAAAGUGUCUGGGACUUCAAUGUUGGGUUCUUUAUUAUAGAAUGUCACAAGAAUGCUGUAAUCCUGAGUCAUGGGAGUCUGUCUUUUUGAAUAAUUGUAUUGGUUUCCGCAGCUCCAACAAAUAUGCAUUGCUAGAUGAUGAUGGAUCAUCAGAUGAAUAUCUUUACAGUAAUGAUUGUACUGCUUCAAUAGUAGAUAAAAGAAGGAAGAAACGGAAGGCUCGGAAGAAAAGGAGGAGGAACUGUGAUGUUGAUGAUUAUGACGAUGUACUGCUGAAUUUUGAUUCUACAAGUCAGAAGUUGGAUUUGCUAUCAAAUUCUGGGAGCUGGUUGCUUUCAACUGACGGGUAUCUUGCAACAUGGACUGAUGUAGAUUUACCUGACCACCUUCAUUUACAUUGCUUGUCAAAGUGGAUGACAUGGCUUUUUGCCAAGUGAGGUCGAACCCUACUUCAAUGAGGCUGCAAAACGGGUGUUGAACCGUUAACUGUUGGAUGGAAGUAUUAAUCACAACAACCUUUGGUAUUUGCAAAUUGAGAAAACUCCACCCAGCUAAUGGAAAGCAUGCAUUGGCUCUUGAAUUUGCUAUGUACUUCAGCUUUUCGGCAGCAGCACAGUGGGAUGAAAAGCUUUUUGCUUCAUUUUGAAGAUUAUUCCCAAUAUAUGUGGCUCCUCUGUAGAAGGCAAAGCUCUGAAUACUAUUAUGGAAAGCCGGCUUUGAGAGUUGUGAAUACUCCAAACAAUGAACUCGUUGUGUGAAGCUAAUGAAAGAGUCAUUGAUUUCUGAAAGCUGUGCUUCAUAGAUUACUGCAGUCCAGGGGUGAGCAACAUGGUUUAUCUUUCUUUUUUUAUUUUGAAUAUCUCUCCACUAAUCGAUGGAAUGGGAUUCUCUCCAUUCAUGCCUUCAUACUCAGAGGUGAGGGUGGCCCAAGGAAAUAUGACUUUGCACGGGAUCCACAUCCCAUAAUUGCACUCAUCUAUUAAGAACCGAUUGGUUCAAUCUCAGCACCUUAGCGUUAGUAAUCAAGAUUGAGCGAUAUUUUGUUGCCUUUUCAUGUGGGCCCGUGGUAAUCGUUUUUACGGAAACAAUGGCAAUACUCAUUCAUACCUCCCUUUAUGAAUCUUCAUUGCACUUUAUUGCCAUCUUCCCAUUCCAAAAACGUCCUCUCCCAUUUCUUCUUAGACAGCUCUCCCCUCCCCUCUUUUCUUGUUCCACGACCUUGCCUCUGCUGCCUCUCCAGUCUCCAUCAUUUCCGCCGCACCACUGGCCUCUUCCCUCAUCUCCAUCAUCGGCCUCUCCUGUCAUUUCCACCACCAAUGUCAGCCUGUCCUCUCAUCUGCCACCAUUGUUGGCCUCUUAGAUCUCACUGGCAGCGGGAUUCUUAUGUGAACUCACCAGUGGUGGCUGCCUUUCGAAUUCAUUGGCAAGGGCCUUAUUCUUCUUUGAAUCGACCUUCAUCUUUGAAGUGUUUGCCUUCUUCUUCAAACUCACCAAUGGUGGCCUUCUUUGAACUCACCAGAGACUGCCUUCUCCGCUAUCACCUUUUCUUCUCUUGCCCCAUUUCCAAAUCUAUUCUCCAUCUUUUCAUUGCUCGGUUUACAUAUCUUAUUAUGUUGUGUGAUUUUUUUAGUUGAUUUGGCUGUUUGAAUGCUCAUUGUUGAUUUGUCGAUGGUUGCCGGCGAACUGGGAGAAUGGGAAUUUAUUUUUUGGAGAUCAAGGCUGAAAGGGUCACUUGAUAAUCUAUUUGGCACUUGAUUAGCAGAACAUACCAACAGAUGCCUGGUAAUCAAUAUUACAUCGCCGCGUUGUAUUUGCAUUGCAUUACUUUAUAGAUGUAAUUGAACAAAACAUGCCCUUAUUUCCUUCUCUCCCUCCCCCCCCCUUCUCUAAAUGAACUCUUUGUAUUAACAUUCUGUUAUUAAUUUAGAUUUUCCAAUCCA